CGUCGAGGCGAGACGGGGUCCAGGAGUGCACCAUCCAGGCGUCGAUGAAAACGUGAGUGGCGUCUGGAACCGCCGUGGAGGUGGUGAAAAAUGUGAGAGUGUCCACAUGAGGUCAACCGGCUGGUCGAACCUCCUCUCCGGCACCAGAAAAAAGCUCAAAAAGGAUCGAUAGCCGUUAGCAGCUAGCUGGCAGCCAUCGGUAGCUGCUAGCCGUAGCCGUUAGCUAACGUGGUUAGCUGCUAGUCGUCGAUAGCUAGCGCAGCCUGGACUUGCAGCCGCACGCCCCGAAGAAACAACCCCACGUGGAAGGAGUCUGGUUCUCUCCCCUACCCAGCAGGUCGUGCAUCGUCUCCGUGUAGAUGGAAGGCCCGCUGUCCUCCAGUGUCGAGACGAUGCGGGAAUGGCGAGUGACGUCCUCAGCCAUUCCGCCGGGGGCGCAACGAGCCUCAGUCCGUGUGCCCAUGGCAGCCACGGACGUCUCCAACAAUCUCUGGCAUAACGAGAAAAACAGCGCUUUUCGCCAUGUUCGGGUCCGUCCCGGAAACUUCACGAGACGUUGUCAGGGUCACCAAUGUAGUGCCGAGAGAUAGGGAUCGAGUCGGAGGCGGUGCAAUGGAGGUACAAAGCUUGCUUUAAUGAGCAGCAGAAAUGUAGAUGUUAUUGAGUCGCAGCCCGGGUCGACAAGAGAAAGAGCCAGGAGGGCACACAACAUAUAUAAAUAACAACACAUAUUUGUCCGUGUGGAAACAAUAGCCCCAACUGUAGUUCCAUGUAUGAAUUAUGUCCCAGUGUAUUAAUAGGUGGUCACCACAACAUAGAUAUUUGUCAAAAUUAUAGUAGAUGUGCAUUAAACUGACUCCUGUUUGGUUUAGUUUCACAGAAAGUCGGUGUCGGAAAGUGCACAUUAUUUACGUAUUUAAUCAUAGAUUUUCGCUUGUAAGGAGUAGACAUAUGAUUCAGAUAUCUGCGGAAUCGCUAGAAUCGUAGCUUUUCAAGAGUAUCUCCUGUGAGACUGUACCCAGGGCACAGCAGCCAAUAUUGCCGCUCAAAGCAGCUUGAUUCGGCGUUACACUGUGUGUGAUUGGUGGAUUUGUGUGUCGGUCAAGGACAUCUCGGCCCGCCGGCAGCCAUGUCCGGUCUGAAAUGACCAAUGGACACUCUAGAAAUCUAAGGACCUACCCACCAAUACAAAAACAUAUAACAGGUGUCUCCCAUCAGUUUCAGUCUUUUAGUCUGUGAAGAAGAUAGAGAAAAUGGCUCGAAGGAACUUUAUCGUUGCGGACGCGCUGGAUUUUAUUUUCGCGAGCGGCAGUGAAGAAGAUGGCUCAUCAGAACCUGAAGGCUUCGACUCUUCUGAAGAAGAAGAAUACAGGGACAGCAGGGAUCCAUUUGAGGAUGGAGAGGUUUCACAGCUGCCUGGGCCUAGCAGCCCACAGAUGACAUUUAUCCAGGAGCCUCCAGCUGUGCCUGCCACCAUGUUGAGAUCUACCGUGGAUCAAGGGCCUUCACCACUGCCAUCCCCACCAAGCACUAGCGGACCAGCAUCACGACAGCUGCCUCCAUCUCUGCCUGUGACAAGGUCAAGAUACACCUCAGCUCCGCCACAGCCAUCACCAUCAACCCGGACAGCAAAGAGGUCUCGUAGAGCACACCUACCUCCCACACAGCCACCAGCUGCCCAUGCACCUGCACAGCAGCCAGCUCCACUGUCUUGGAAGACAGGCGAAGACCCUGACACUGCUCCCCCUGUCUCCAGGUUUCAACCUGCUCGCACACCCGGGCCACAGCUCAGCUCAACAGUAUCAAACAAACCCCUUGACCUGUUCAAGCUGUUCUUCAGUGCACUAACAGUACAGACACUCUGUACCAACACAAACAAGCGGGCUGCACAGGAGAUGGGAAAGGGUAAAACCUACAAAUGGACUGACUUGACUGUAGAGGAUUUCUAUAAAUACAUGGGGCUGCUGAAACUGGACAAUCUACUGGAGGAAGGAUCAUUUUGUCAGUGUAUAAUGAAUAGUUGGUUGAAGGAAAAAAAGUUCUGAUGUUCAAUAUUGUAAAUAGUGAGAUUUUGCAGUUAUAUUUAUAUACAUUGUUGGUAUUAUAAUAAAUUGUU